UCGUUUUCCAAGCAGCGGACGCCCUUGUUCUACAAUACGGAGAACAUAGACAACCAUGGCUAAGUAUCUAUAUGGUUCUUUUGCCAUAUCAGUCUGCUUAACCCUGUCUUUUGUUGCUGCAACAACAAGAGAACCUUUUCGCCCAGAACCAUCUCGGAAGACCAGUGAGCCUUCUGUGUCAUACAGCCCACAGCCGCAACAUUUCCCAAACGAGCGGCUAUACCAAGCCUACCUCGUUAUCCAGCGCUUCAAGAGCAGCAUUUCUAGUGACCCGAAAAACAUCACCACGACCUGGUCUGGCCAUGAUAUCUGCGGGAGGAAAACCUACCUUGGGUUCCAUUGCGGGAGGACACCUGAACUGGCUAAGAACCUCACGAUCAUGGCGGUUGCUUUCAAUGAUUUUGGGCUGAGUGCGCCGAUGCUGCGAGGCUUCAUCGACCAGCUCCCCGACCUUGUGCUUUUUCAGGCUUCCUCCAACAAGUUUGGCGGUGGCAUCCCGCCCCUCGGCAGCCUUCAGUACCAGUACAAGCUAAGUAUCCAUGACGAUCGCCAUGAUUCAUUUUCUGAGAGCAAGUAUCUCCUCGGCACAAAUCUCGGACUGGGUCCUGUUAAUAUUGGUGUAAAGCUAGCUGUUGUCAAAACCCCCCGAAAGGGCACAAAUCUUAAUAGUGGUAGGGCGCUUCUCCUGAACAGCAACAGUUUAUCCGGGACACUACCUGCAAACUUGGGCUUCUCCAAGUUGAGCUACCUCGCCCUCGCCAACAACAAGCUCACCGGGGCAAUCCCGCCAUCAAUCGCGCACAUGCAAGACUCCCUCCUCGAGAUGCUCCUCCUCAACAACCAGCUCUCAGGCUGCCUCCCCAACGAGCUCGGCAUGCUCACCAAAACCGCCGUCAUCGACGCCGGGAUGAACCAGCUGACCGGCCCGAUCCCGUCAUCCUUCUCCUGCCUCAGCAGCGUCGAGCAGCUCAACCUCGCCGGGAACCGCCUCUACGGGCAGGUCCCCGACGCGCUCUGCAAGCUGGCCGGGCCGGCCGGCCGCCUCUCCAACCUCACGCUGUCGGGCAACUACUUCACCUCGGUCGGGACGGCGUGCUCGGCGCUGAUCAAGGACGGCGUGCUGGACGUCAAGCACAACUGCAUCCCCGGCUUCGCCAACCAGAGGGGCCUGGCGGAGUGCGCCACGUUCCUGAGCCAGCCCAAGACGUGCCCGGCGGCGAGCGCUCGCGUGGCGUGCCCCGCCGCGGACGCCAAGAUGAACACGGCGGCGCCGGAGGGGAAGGUGGCCAAGGACUACUCCAGCUACGUGGUGUACGCCACUCUGCAUGAGUGAGGUGCCAGCGCAUGCAGUGGGGACGCCGUGCCUAGCUACGUCGUCGGUAUUUGCUCUUGUAUUCUUGUAAUGUGUUUGGUGUUGUUGUGCACGUGAUUGCUGUUUGUUUUCUUUGUACGUGUGGCUGUCGGGUCUAGAUCUCGGCUCUUGUGUGUGUUGUCCUGCUACGUCAGUUCUGUGGUGGUAAAUUAAUUUGGAUUGUAUCUUGCAUGUUUCAACUAUAUAUUUGUUGGCUGCAUAUUUCAAUUAUGUGAUGUUGGAAUUAUGUGAA